AUGGCAAAACAGAAGAGAAAAGAGGGCAGAGUGGCAGAGAAAAAGAGCAAAAACCUGAAGGUGUCAGCUGCACAGACGCCCCCAGCACCUGCAGCCCCACCGGGCGCCGGGAUGGCCCCUGCUGAGGUGGGUAAGGUGGGCAUGCGGCUGGGGUCUGCGUCCGCAUCCGUGUCCCCGGAGGAGCAGAGGGUCCUGGAGAGGAAGCUGAAGAAGGAGCGGAAGAAAGAGGCGCGGAGGCGGCUGCGGGAGGCAGGCAUCGCUGUGGCUUCAAGCCCGGCGAGCAAGCGCUCGGGGGCCGCGCUGGCCCUGGAAUACCUGUGCAGCUGGGCCCAGAAGCACGAGGACUGGAGGUUCCAGAAGACGAGGCAGACCUGGCUGCUGCUGCACAUGUAUGACCGUGACCAGGUCCCUGACGAGCACUUCCCCGCCCUGCUGGCCUACCUGGAGGGACUCAGGGGCCGCGCCCGCGAGCUGACGGUGCAGAAGGCGGAGGCGCUAAUGCGGGAGCUGGACCAGGCGGGCGCCUGCGCCCUGCCGCCUGGGGGGACCCAGCGCGCCCGGCAGGUGCUGCAGCUGCUCUCCUAG